AUGCCUCACACCAUCCUCAUCGAUGGUUCCUUCCUCACCCACCGCGCCUACCACACGCCUAUUGCCGAGAUGACGAACGGUGCGGGGGUGGCCGUCACCGCCCUCUUUUCCUACACGCGUUCCAUGCUCAAGAUGCUGCAAGAUCCCCAUUUCAGAGCGGACUACAUCGGCGUGUUCGUGGACUCGGGGCCUUCGUUCCGCAAGCAGCUGUACGGCGAGUACAAGGCGCACCGGUCGGCCCCUUCCGCCGAGCUCAGAAAGCAAUUUCCGCUGGUGGCCGAUGCAACGCGAGCUCUCGGCAUAGAGACCAUCAAGGCCGAGGGCAUGGAGGCAGACGACCUGAUCGCGUGCUACGCCAAGGUCGCGCAGGCUCAGGGCCACCGAGUGACGAUCAUCAGCAGGGACAAGGACCUGAUGCAGCUCGUGGGUCCCACAGUGAAGCUCUACGACCCCGUGGGCAAGAAGACAUUCGAUGAAGCAGAGGUGCGCAAAAAGUUUCAGGUCGAGCCCAGGCAGGUCAGAGACGUACUCGCCCUGAUGGGCGACGACGGAGACAACGUGCCCGGCGUUCCUGGAAUUGGACCCAAGACCGCCGCUGCGCUGAUCAGCGAGUUCAACUCGGUCGAGGAGCUGCUUGCCAACACGGCCAAGAUCACCAACAAGAAGAGGCGACAGCUGAUCGAGGAGCACGUGGACACUAUUCGCCGCGCGCUGGCGCUGGUGGAGCUGCGCCACGACAUCCCCAUGCCCGUCCUGCUCGAAGACCUGCAGCGACAGCCCAUCAAUCGCGACAAGUUUUUGGCGUUCUUGAGGGAGCACUCGUUCGGAUCGAUCAUUUCGAAGCUGGACAAGAUCUGCCCACCGACCGCGGCGGAGCAGGCGGCUGAAGCUGCCCCGCGAACCUCAUCCACGCGCGGCCGCCCACGAUUGGACAACCCAACUCAAGAGGCCGUGCAAGCUCCGCCAGCGCCUCUGUCGGUGGCGGUGGCGUUGAAGAGGCCAAAGGUGGAGAUCGAGGGCGUCACGAUCGUGGACACUCCGGAGGAGGCCCGCCGGGUGCUGCGCAUCCUGCGGUCGCCGGGCGUCAGGGAGCGCUACCACGCCUGCGACACGGAAGCCAUCAAAAUCGAGGUGAAGCACCAGAGCCCCUACAACUACGGCGAAGUGAUUUGCGCGUCCGUGUACUGCGGACCCGACGUCGAUUUCGGCACCGGUCCCAACCUGUGGAUCGACAACAUGGACGACGCCCGCGGGGUGCUCGACCUCUUCAAGGAGUACUUUGAAGAUGAAGGAAUCAAAAAGGUGUGGCACAACUACAGCUUCGAUCGAGCCAUGAUGUGGCGGCACGGGAUCGACGUGAAGGGAUUCGGUGGCGACACCAUUCACAUGGCGCGUCUGUGGGACGCGGCGCGGACGAGCGUGGGCAAGAAGUACUCGCUCGAGGCGCUCACCGGCGAGCUGCUCGAAGGCGAGACCAAGCGAUCCAUCAAAGAGAUCUUUGGGCGGAACAAGGUGCUCAAGGACGGCACGCUGGGCAAGGAGAUCGUCGCCGGCAUGGAGGCGCUGAACAACUGGAUCUACUACUCGACCUACGAUACCCGUGGCACCUACGAACUGAGGGACAAGUUGGAGGACCAGCUGCGGGAGAUGCCGUGGGUCUACGAGGGCAAGAAGGCGCUGCCGGGCGCCAAUCGGACGAUGUGGGACUACUACCAGAACUACUGGCUGCCCUUCGGCGAGGUCCUCACCGACAUGGAGCGGGAGGGAAUCAAGGUGAACGUAGACUAUCUAGCCGAGAUCGAGCAGGUCGCGGUGGCCGAGGGCAAGAAGCACCAGAUCCGGUUCAAGGAGUGGGCCAGCGAGUACUGCCAGGACGCCCGGUACAUGAACCCCACGAGCGAUGCCCAGAAGCAGCAGCUUUUCUUCGCGCCGUGCAAGAACCUCAAGACCGACGACAUGAUGCCCGCCGAACGCCUCUUUGACAUCGAAAACGACGAAGGCAUUCCCGAUCCGGUGACGGGCAAGGUCAAGAAGAAGCGACAGAUCCGCAUCUCCGGCUUCGGUCUCCCGGCCAUCGCCCACACUGGGGCCGGCUGGCCUGCGGCCGGCGCCGAGGUGCUCAAGCAAUUGGCCGGCAAGCCUUUCGAUAAUCCGCCAAAGUACGGGGUGGCGUACAAGGCCUUCUCGGAGGGCGAGGCGGGCGCGGAGGCGUGUCAGGCCAUCGACUCGCUGGUGAAGAUGUCCUCCAUCGACACGCUGCUGUCCAACUUCAUCGUGCCCCUCCAGCACGAAGUCGACCCGAACAACCGCAUCCACGCCUCGCUCAACAUCAACACCGAGACGGGCCGCCUGAGCUGUCGCCGACCCAACCUCCAGAACCAGCCCGCCCUCGAGAAGGACAUAUUCAAGAUUCGAAGUUCGUUCACGUGCGAGAAGGGCAACAAGCUGAUCGUGGCCGACUACGGGCAGCUGGAGCUGCGACUGCUGGCCCACAUGACCAAGUGCCGCUCCAUGAUCGACGCCUUCCAAAAGGGAGGCGAUUUCCAUUCGCGUACGGCGCUUGGCAUGUAUUCGCACGUGCAGGAGGCCAUCCAGAAGGGCGAGGUCCUGCUCGAGUGGGGCGGAGAGGGCAAGCCGCCGGUGCCGCUGCUGAAGGAUAUAUUCGCGACGGAGCGCAAGCGGGCCAAGACGCUCAACUUUUCGAUCGCCUACGGCAAGACGGCCAUGGGCCUCUCCAAGGACUGGGGCGUCAGCCUCCAGGAGGCCAAAGACACUCUCCAGCGAUGGUACUCGGAUCGACCGGAGGUACUGCAGUGGCAGGAGAACACGAUCAGGACGGCGCGCAAGACGGGCUACACCAAGACCCUCAUGGGCCGCUACCGGCCGCUGCCGGACAUCAGCCACUCCAAGCCCAUGAUGCGCGGCCACGCCGAGCGUGCGGCCAUCAACACGCCCAUCCAGGGAGGAGCAGCGGACAUUGUAAUCAAUGCGAUGGUGCUGGCGCAUCACGACGAGCUGCUGCGAAGGUGGGGCUGGAAGAUGAUCCUCCAGGUUCACGACGAGCUCAUGCUCGAGGGUCCCGCGGAAUCGGCGGAGGAGGCGCUGGCGCGAUUGAUCGAGGUCAUGCAGAACCCCAUGCCCGAGGGCGAGGAGCUGCUGGUGGAGCUCGCCGUGGACGGCAAGGCCGGCAGCACCUGGUAUGAGGCCAAGUGA